CCGGCUGCCAGAGCGCACCUUGAAACGGGCCGGCGAGGAGCCAGCAGCAGAGCCUCGUUGCGCCGCAGGAAGCCGCCUCUGGGCCGUCCCGUGCAGGUGGGGGGAGCCGACCGGCCUCUCUUCCUCCCUCCCUCCCUCUCCGCUGCGGCCUCCAGCAUCUCUCCAGCAGCAGCAGAAGCGGGAGCAGCAGUUCCUCGGCCGGGGCCGGGACGGGCAUGGUUGGCUCCGCUCGGGGCCAAGUGGCGGAAAGGUGAGCGGCUCUCGGCCCGCAGCCGGCAAGAUGGUCAGCUGGGUCGCCUCCGAGCUCGCUCUGCUCACCCUCGGUAUUCUAGUAGCCCUGUGCCAUGCAUUGGAGAAUACAACAUUGGCCUUGACUGGUCCCCCAGUGGCUGCUGCUGUCAUAUCUCAUUUUAACAGCUGUCCAGAUGCUCAUAGCGAGUUCUGCUUCCAUGGUACUUGCAGGUUCCUGGUGCAGGAGGAGAAACCCACUUGCCUUUGUCAUUCUGGGUUCAUGGGAACACGUUGUGAACAUGCAGAUCUCCUUGCAGUAGUAGCUGCUAACCAGAAGCAACAAACCAUAACUGCGUUGGUGGUGGUCUCAAUAGUAGCAUCAGCUGUACUUAUCAUGAUCUGCGUACUGAUACACUGUUGCAGAAUAAAGAAACGCUGUGAGUGGUGCAGGACAGUGAUCUGCAGGCAUGAAAAGCCCAAUGGGCUCCUGAAAGGAGGAACAUCUUGCUGCCACUCUGAGACAGUUGUCUGAUGGAGACCAGGGUCAUCUGAGAUUCUUACUGCUAUGUGUAGAUGGGACCACUGCAUAUCCUACAAGACAACUAAGAUAUUCCAGAGAACAAUGUUUAAUAUAGACAAUACUCUUCCAGAUUUGGAAGGAUAAUGGCAAGCAGAUACCACACCUCUUUGGCUACUCGUCUGUCUCCUCUGUAUUAUGUGUUGGACUUUCUGGAACUUUGCCCGAGGGAAAUCACAGUCCACGUGGCUUUAUAGAAUGUCACACAUCAGACUAAAUGAUAUCCAAGUUAUGACAAACAAGGAAUCUCAAAUGACUCUUUUAAUGAAGAAUACAAGCUGGUCAUAAGAGAACUGCACAUUGGACAGCUUCAUGUUUACGCAGCCAUGAGAAAUGUGCUCGAAGGGGUGACUUAUACAAGGAAGGAAGUGUUGUAGAGGUUGGGCUAGUUUUCUGUUUUCCAAGAGACUUUAUGGAACAUCCUUGAAGGAUAUAGAAUUUGGGUUCAUGCAUUUGUUACAUUUUUCCCUCAAAAGGAGGAACUAGCUAUGCAUAGAUUAUUUUAAAAGAACAAAAUCAUCCAUUUAAGAAGAUCAGUUUCUGUGUCUAGAAGCAUCUUCUCUUUGCACCCAAAAAUGGCUAGAUGAAAUUUUUCCAGGUAACAUGGAGCUACAAGAACAUAAGAUUCAUAUUCUUUCCUGAUCUAUUUCAAAGGAGAAAAGUUAGUGGUGUAAAGCAGCAUUUUGAGCAGAAUGAUGUCAGAUCUUAUGCCUCUGUUCUCCUGUGUAUACAGAUAUAAUCUUUCUCAGUUAGGUAGACUAAUUGAUUCAAGGUCCCAUAGACAGGAGUGACUUGUGAAAGGACUCGCAAUAUGUGUUCCAAUAUCUGUUGUUAAAGGCGUGGGCAAUGUCUUCUAGAUCAGCUGAGCUCUGGAUGUGUGACAUGCAGGUUGGUCCCACUGUAUUACAAAGUGGGCAUAUGAUAACAUACUAGAACAGAAACAGAACUGGUCUUAUUACACUGCUGGCUACAGAGAUCUGUUCUAUAAGGUGCAUUGUCCAUUCCUAAGCAUGUAUCCAGACCCUGUGAGGACCAAUGCUUCCUGCUUCCAGUUUAGAAUAUAAACGUUACUUAUUUUCGACAGUACAACCAUUGCUAUGUUCUAAACUUGGUCCAAAAGUUGCAGAAGUGUUUCUGAAUUAGAAGAAUAAUUUUAAUUUUAAAUUAUGCAAGUAGAACCUUCUACUCUGAAAGCAUCAGUUUCUCCCUAUUUUUCCCAGGUUAAAGAAAGAACAUCCAUUUUGGAAAUGUUGCCAGUAAAAAUUCAAAGGAUUCUGUGUUUCAUAAGUCAUUUCAUUCAUAACUUAUAAGAUUUUCUUUUCUGGAUUACCUUAACUAACACUCCUAUUGCUAUGAAAGCAUACACUCUUGAGAACCAUACAAUGGUUCAAGAACAAACCUGAUGCAUAACUUUUUAAAAAAGAAUUUGACUAUAAAAUUGGCUCGUAAAUCCUUGUUGCUGAUAAUGGUCGAGUUCUUUUAGUUGUUCUUUUCCCCACAUCUCAAUCCUUUAAUUUCCCCAGAAGAAUGGCCUCUUAAAAGGGGGGGGAGGGGAGGCGGCAAGUUUGUUUAAAUCUUGUCCGAAAACUACUUUCUUGUUCCUUUUUUAAAAAGUGACUUAUUAAACUAGAUUCAAAAGAGAAAUGCCCCUGAUUUUUUUUGGUCCUGCUCUCAUCCCAAAGUGUUGCUAAGGUCGCUACUAAAGGACAGCUCAUUUUCACUGGAUAAUCAAGUAGGAUCUGUUUCCUGAAAGGACGCCUUGGGAGGCCCAGAUGCUUGGAAGUCGUAAUUUAAGGAAAACUUCAGCAGAUAUUUAGUCAUGGGUUGACAUUCCAUUAGGUGCCCAGACAUAAUGCCAGAAAUUUGCUGUAUGUGAUCUAUGAAGUGAAAAUGGCAUCCACGCUGAUGUUCAACCGCUAAACUAGAUUUGGUGCUGAAAACCACCUGGUUGUUGUUUGUGGGGAAGGAUCGAUGAGAAAGAUCUGCAUUAGGAACAAGUAGAAUGAAAGUUGUGCUGAAGGCUGGUAUCACUUCUGCCUCUUGAAUGGGGCUCUCGUUGCUACUCAGGAAAACAUUUUGAUCUGAAACUGGUGCUUCAUCGAAAGCUUGGCCACUAUUGCAGAAUAUGGGGGGGGGGGGGUCUUAUGGAAAAGAAAUGUCUGUCUUAAAUGUUCUGACAAGACCAAACUUGCUCUCAUGAGUGGUGCCAAUUUUUAAUAUUGGACACAAUUUUUAUUAUCCUCAAAGAUUAAUUUUAAUGCUAGGACCCCUUUUCAGAUAAAGUACUGAUCUGUUAACACCCCUUCCAUUUUUCAUAAUUAAGUUUACUGUUUAUAACCAACCUAAGUUUUAUUGUUAGUCAAGGUUACACUUGUUCUUCUGUAUAUGUUGCACUGAAAAAGUUAAUAUUUAAUGUUUUAAUUUAUUGUGUGGUUAAAUUAAUUUGAUUUAUGUAAAAAAAAACACCCCCGUUUGUGAUUGGCUGUUUUUCUUCCUUAAUACGCUGAAUUAUAGUUAUUUAAAUGAGUGAAAUACAUUUUUUUCAUAAUA